CGAAAUAAAGUCCCCAAACAGCCCUUCAACACCUCCUACCCCUCCACCACCACCACCCCAAACGCGUCAAUCCGCACACCCUCUCUCUCACCAGCGCACACAUCCUCUCAUCGCGCGCCCUACCCCCGCGCAAACCGCCACCAUGGCACCAACCUCCACACAACUCCUCCUCCUCUCCCCCGCCGAGCUCUCCUACCUCCACACCUCCCUCUCCCUGCACCCCCCCCUCCGCCCCGACUCGCGCACCGCAACCCAAUUCCGCCCCCUCGCCGCGGAGACCGACAUCCUGCCCUCCACCAACGGAUCCGCACGCAUCUGCUUCGCGGACGGCACCGAGGCCAUCGUCGGGAUCAAAGCGGAAGUCGAGCGCACGGCGCAGCAGCCAGGCGCGGGCGAGGGAUUCGUGGAUGUGGAUGAGGAGGAUGAGGAGGGGAGGGGGGGGAAGAAGGGGGGGGAUAAUAAGUGGGUGGAGCUGAGUAUUGAUAUCCCGGGCUUUAGGGAUGAUGAUGCGAUGCCUGUUGUGCUGAGUUCGAUUCUGGCGGAGGCGUUGUUGGCGGAUGGGUCGUUCACGCCGAGGUUGUGGAUUAAUCGGAGGUUUCAUUGGAAGCUUUAUAUCGACAUCCUCCUCCUCUCCCCACCCCUCUCCUACCCCCUCCCCCUCCUCUCCCUAACCACCUACCUCGCCCUCCUCUCCACCCGCCUCCCAGCCCUAAAAUCCGAGCGCGACGAAGACCCCCUCUUCAACGACGACUGGGACGCCGCCGUCCCUCUCUACCCUCGCCACACCAGCACCUCCCGUCCACCAGUCACCAUCCUCGUCAUCGCAGUCGGGGAGAACGUCCUCUUCGACCCAAGUAAGGAGGAACUUGCCGUUGCGGAUGCCGUGCUCGCUGUUUCGGUCGCGGAUCGAUCGACUACAAGCGAUGAAGGGGGGGAUGUGGAUAUGCAAGGUGCUGGUGGUGAGGGGAGGAAGAGGGAUAUUAGAUUAUUGAGCGCGAGGACGAUUGAUCCGCCGGCGAGGUUGACGCCGCCAGGGGUGCCGAAUUAUCUGAAUACGGCGACGGGGGGGGAUGCAGCGGCGAAGGUUGAGACGGGGGGGGAAGAGGGGGUGUGGAGUGCGAGGAGGGGGGGGACGGGGAGGGAGAUGGUGAAGAGGAUGGUGGGGAGGGUGUUGUCGAGUGGGGUUGUGGAGGAGGUUCUGGAUGGGCUGGAGGGGGUGGAGGUUAGUUAG